UUAACCCAAUGGCUUCCACAUUAUAUUAGUGUAAAAAAUAGCAAAUUUUCCUAGUGAGAAAAGUUUAGCAAACUCAAGUAAUGGCUGAUGACGAUCCACAGGAUGUAGCCGACCGGGAGCGGCUCUUCAAGCAUUUCGACGCCAAUGGCGAUGGCCAGAUCUCAGCCAACGAGCUGGGCGACGCCCUCAAGACGCUCGGCUGUGUCACCCCCGAUGAAGUCAAGAACAUGAUGGUUGAGAUCGACUCCGAUGGCGAUGGCUUCAUAUCCUAUGAAGAGUUCACCACAUUCGCUCGCGCAAAUAGGGGACUAGUCAAGGAUGUCGCAAAGAUAUUCUAACCUUUUCAUUUUCCUCUUAAAUAGAUUUGAAUUCAUUUUACUACUAGUAUUUCUUAACUACCUAUAUAAAUUGUUGUUUGGUUU